UCCGCGCCUUCGUCCUUCGUCCUAGCGCCCGGGGCCCCGGCGGCCCGGGACUCCCGUCCUGCCGGUGCGGGCGCCGGCAUGUGGCUGUGGGAGGAGCAGGGCGGCCUCCUGGGCCCCUUCUCCUUCCUGCUGCUGCUGCUGCUGCUCGCGACGCGCAGCCCCUUCAGCUCCUGCCUCUUCACCUGCAGCCUCUACGCGCUGCUGCGCGCCUGCAGCUUCGAGCCGCUGCCCGCGCGCCGCGUCCUGCAGGUGCUCAGGCCCCGCGACCGCGCCGCCGCCAUCGCGCACCGCGGGGGCAGCCACGACGCGCCCGAGAACACGCUGGCGGCCAUCCGGCAGGCAGCUAAGAAUGGAGCAAUGGGUGUGGAGCUGGACGUUGAGUUCACUUCCGACGGGGUUCCCGUCAUGAUGCACGACAACACAGUAGACAGGACGACCGACGGUACGGGCCGACUGUGUGAUUUGACCUUCGAACAAGUCAGGAAACUGAAUCCCGCAGCAAAUCACAGGUUAAGGAAUGAUUUCCCUGACGAAAAGGUUCCUACUCUAAGGGAAGCUGUCACAGAGUGCCUGAAGUAUGACCUCAAAAUCUUCUUUGAUGUCAAAAGCCAAGCAAAUAAGGCAACUGAUGCUCUGAAGAAAAUAUACAUGGAGUUUCCUCAGCUCUACAAUAAUAGUAUGGUCUGCUCGUUUUUACCUGAAGUUAUUUAUAAGAUGAGACAAGCGGAUGGGAAUAUAGUGACAGCUUUGACGCACAGACCGUGGAGCCUAAGCCACACGGGCGAGGGCAAACCGCGCUACGACUCCCUGUGGAAACACGGAUUCUUUGUGGUCAUGGACAUAUUGCUCGACUGGAGCAUGCACAAUAUCCUGUGGUACCUGUGUGGGAUUUCAGCUUUUCUCAUACAAAAGGAUUUUGUGUCGCCAGACUAUUUGAAAAAGUGGUCAGCAAAAAACAUUGAGGUCGUGGCGUGGACCGUGAACUCCCUCAGCGAGAAGAAGUACUACGAGUCCUACCUGCACUGCAGCUACAUCACUGACUGUCUGGUGGAAGACUGCGCGUCUCAGUUCUAGCCGCGAAGCCCCAGGGAGGGAAACCGAGUCCAGAAUGGCCAGCUGGCCUCAUGCGGGGAUCCCACAACGGCCUCGGGGCUGGCGCUGGCCUCCGGGGGCCUGGGGGCCCCCCGCAAGCAAUAGUCAGUGCAGGUACUUCGAUUUCUACUUGGACCCACAGCCAAACCCAGCAUGGGUCCCCCCACCCCCCGCCACCCUCCACGCUGCCUGUGGAAUGCCAUAUUCCACCACCCUGGCCCGGGACAGCCUGGGGCUGCAGAGAGGCACAGCGGUGCUGGCCUGGCCGAGCCACACAACCCCCGAGAGCCAACAAGGAUAAGCACAGAGCCAGCGUGGCAUUUGGGGUACGUGGGAAGUACAAGUGCAGGUGCGUGGGAAAUGCAUGAGUACUCAAGUUUCCAGGUCACCACACUUCCGUGUUUAAAAUACUUAAAAUACUUGUAUUGAAAAUACUGGUAUUCAGCUCCGUUAUCAAUGUGCUGUAGACAUCGAACUUGUGACCAUACUAAUAAAGUCACUUACA